CACAAGUGUUGAGCGGUGUUUUGCUUUUGUGUGUUUGCAGGUGAACGACCUCUGCUGGCAUGUGCGCUGCCUCUCGUGCAGCGUUUGCCGGACGUCUCUAGGAAGGCACACCAGCUGUUACAUCAAAGAUAAAGAUAUCUUCUGCAAACUUGAUUAUUUCAGGCGGUAUGGCACCCGCUGCUCCCGCUGCGGGAGGCACAUUCAUUCUACUGACUGGGUCCGAAGGGCUAAAGGAAACGUCUACCACUUGGCGUGUUUCGCGUGCUUCUCCUGCAAAAGGCAGCUUUCCACUGGAGAGGAGUUUGCGUUGGUUGAAGAGAAGGUCCUUUGUAGAGUACAUUACGACUGCAUGUUGGACAAUCUGAAAAGAGAAGUUGAAAAUGGUAAUGGGAUUAGUGUGGAAGGAGCAUUACUAACAGAACAAGAUGUUAAUCAUCCAAAACCAGCAAAAAGAGCUCGGACCAGCUUCACAGCAGAUCAACUCCAGGUCAUGCAAGCACAGUUCGCUCAGGACAACAAUCCCGACGCACAGACGCUUCAGAAACUGGCAGAAAGAACAGGCUUGAGCAGGCGCGUCAUACAGGUGUGGUUUCAGAACUGCAGAGCCCGCCAUAAGAAACACGUCAGCCCUAAUCACUCGUCGAGCGCUCCGGUCACAGCAGCGCAGCCCUCCAGGCUGUCUCCCCCCGUGUUGGAGGAAAUGGCCUACUCUGCGUACGCGCCCCCGGACGGGAGCAUGCUGAGCGCCCUGCACAGCUACAUGGACGCUCAUUCACCGACAGCCCUUGGACUCCAGCCUUUGCUACCCCACUCAAUGACACAGCUGCCAAUAAGUCACACCUAAUUCCUUUCGGUCAGGGAUAGAAGCUAUUAAGGAUGUAACCUGAAGUCAUGGCGUGUUAAAAAUAUCAUUGGAAAGACAUUAAUGUUAACUUUUUAUUUAACAUCUAAAGCAUUUUCGAGAUCAUUUUUGCUGCCCAGGUAUGUAAGUACAUUUAGCCUGCAAGACACUUUUAUGGAUUCCGCAUAAAUAACGAUUACAUUGUUUACAAGCCUUAUUAAACACCUUUUUGUAUUGUCUGGAAGUAGUCCACUCUAGUUAUGUGUGUGUUAAUUUAUUUGUCAUCAAAAGAGCACUUUGCCUAAAAGAAAGGACUGACAAUUGUGCAAAAUGUUUACAAUUCUCUGUGAAAUUGUAGUUUAUCAUUAGUUUGUAUCUGUAAGUUAUUGCUAAAAGUAUUACCUGUAUUUGAGUUGUACACAGCCUAUAUGUUAAAGCUUAUUUCUGUGAGUUUACAAAAAUAAAUUUUGGUUGCAAAUAUUUUCAAAAUGAACCGAAUAAAGUUUCUGCCAUAGCAUGCUCAGCA